AUGCGGGACCUCGGUGGUUUGUCGCUCCUCUCCAGAACCUCAGGUUUCCCGCCGCUGCUGCUUUUGAUCCCAUCCGUCCUCCUCGCGCUCCAGCUCCUCCUCGUCGCCUCGCGGCUACCUGGAGCCGCGCGCUCGUGGGCGGGAGAGGAGGCGGACAGGGAGGUCGCGUUCUCCGUUAUCAGCAUCGGGCCGGACAGGAGGAGCUCGGACCGACCAGAAGCCGUGCCCAGGAGACAGGAGGUGGGAGAGGAGGACGAUGGAGGCACGAGGGAUGGGGCGCGAGCGUACGAGGAGGAGAACGAGACGCACGAGCGCCAGGUGGGACCCGGAGCGCUGAAGGUGCAGCGGUGGGCGGCGAACGAGCCGUCUUUCUCGGCCGAACUCGAUUGUUUCAUCACGUAUAUCACAAGGCCACAGCUGAACUGCUCCAGAGUUUUACCUCCAGGGAUGGCUCAGCCAACACAACCUCCUGUGGCUUCAGCUCACUGGCUGCUGUGUGUCGAAGAACGGCUCCUUCCAGCUGCAGAUACACCCUGUGUUGCAUACUCCUUUAGUCUGGAUGGAGGAGAUGCGGACUUCCUAAAGACUGUGUCAAGACUAGGAUGUGAAGUCCACGGUUUCAAUCCCAGCACCUCCAGUGCAUCAGACGAUGGGAUUGGCAACAGUUUGGCUAGUAACCGUGGCAACAGAGGCGGUGUCAGCCAGCACAAAUUGUGGCUGGAGUGGCGAGCUCCGAGGAGGCGCAAACACAAGACAAGAGGGAACCUGGGCGGUGUUUCUCAAACACUGGCAGAUAUCAUGGCUGCUUUGGGACAUCACACUGUCCAUUUCAUGUAUGCUGACCUCCUAAGUGCUGAGUGGCGGCUUUUUCAGAACUGGAUCGAAGUGGGAACUAUCCAAAACAUCCGUCAUCUGGUUGCCACGAUGCACCUGCACUGGGCCGGGUUUGAGGUGGGCGGAACCGACGAGGAAGUGCUCCGCUACUGGUUCAGCGUCCUCCGGGGAAUCGAAGCUUCUGGACUCCACCUGGUUCACAGCUCACCUGGAAAUGGUUACGGCGUCCUGAAACAGGCAGCAGCGGACGCUCGCAGCUCUUACACUCUCAGCUGGGUGAACACACACACACGUCACCGACACUCAAACACAAACAUGGACCGAGCUGAGCAUGCUGCUGUGGAUGACGUCACACAAACAUGA